UAUAACACGUUUAGUGGAGCGCAAUCGGCGUCACGUGACAGUUUGUUGUCUAAAGAAUGUAGAGAAGAUGGCGGCUCGCUGGAGCAGCGAGACAGUGGUGGUGGAGUUCCGAGAUGCGCAGGCUACUGCAAUGUCGGUGGACUGCCUUGGCUCUCAUGCCGUGCUAUCUGGGCGACGUUUCUUGUAUAUAGUAAACCUAGAGGCACCGUCUGAACCUGCUCGAAAAAUCAGCAGACAGAGUAAAUGGGACGUGGGAACAGUCCAAUGGAAUCCGCACAAAUCGGAGUCACAUGUGUUUGCAGCCUCAAGCAACCAGCGUGUUGAUUUGUACUCAUGGAAGGAUGGCUGUGGUAAAGUUAACACCUCUCUACAAGGACACACCCGUGUCAUCAGUGAUCUGGACUGGUCUUGGUUUGAGGCAGAGGUCCUGGUCACCAGCUCAGUAGAUACUUAUAUCUACAUCUGGGACACCAGUGAUACUCGUAAACCCACAGGGGCUCUUUCUGCUGUUGCUGGUGCAUCCCAAGUGAAGUGGAACAAGAGGAACUCGCAUGUACUUGCAUCCAGUCAUGAUGGAGAUGUACGGAUUUGGGAUAAAAGAAAACCAAACACGGCAGUAGAGUAUGUUGCUGCUCACCUGUCCAAAAUCCAUGGCCUUGACUGGCAUCCAGAUAAUGAAUUCAUCUUUGCCACAUCAAGUCAGGACAACUCAGUGAGGUUUUGGGACUACAGACAGCCAAGAAAGUACCUGAAUGUUCUAUCCUGUCAAGUGCCAGUUUGGAAGGCGAGGUACACGCCAUUUUCUGAUGGUUUGGUCACAGUGAUGGUGCCUCAGCUGAGAAGAGAAAACAGUUUGUUGUUGUGGAGCAUGUCUGACCUCAACAGUCCUGUACACGCGUUCGUUGGACAUGAUGAUGUGGUUUUGGAAUUCCGCUGGAGGCCGCAGAAACAAGACUCUAAGGAUUAUCAGUUGGUCACAUGGUCCAGAGAUCAGACUCUGAGAAUUUGGAGGGUGGAUCCUCAGUUACAGAGGCUGUGCUUGAAUGAUGUCAUGGAGGACCUCAUGGCGGACAUGUCUCUGAAUUUGGACCUCAGCAAUUCUUUGUCUUCCCAGGAGCCACUGAGUCAAAACAGCAUAGUCCCCACCACGGGAAACCUCCGGGACCUUAGCACCUCUCCAACUCGUCAUGAACUUGUAGGUGGUUCAGGUCUCCCUCAGACCCUGCAGCAAGAGUUCUCACUGGUAAACCUGCAGAUCAGGAAUGUUAAUGUGGAGAUGGACGCAGUCAACUGCAGCUGUGUGGUGUCAGCCCACUUUGGCAGCCAUCAGGUUCAUCUGGUGAUGAAGUUUCCUGCCCAGUAUCCCAACAAUACUCCACCAACCUUCCAGUUCGUUCCUCCAACCACCAUUCCCUCUACGAUGAAGACAAAAAUUCAAAAGAUUCUGACUGACACUUCCCUUCAAAAAGUCAAGCGAAAUCAGAACUGUCUUGAGCCGUGUGUCCGUCAGCUAGUGUCCUGUUUGGAGUCAGAUAUGACUCAGGAAGAUGGUCCGGCCACUGGUCCAUUUGUCCUCUCUAACCCAGUCACACCUGCGCUACCAGCAUUUCCACGAGUAACAAACAUGUAUGGCUCUUACCAGGACGCCAACAUCCCAUUCCCACGGACCUCGGGCGCUCGUUUUUGUGGGACUGGUUGUCUUGUUUACUUUACACGGCCAAUCACUAUGCACCGAUCCGCUCCACCCACAGAGCCAACCCCAAGGUCUCUGUCAGCACUGUCCGCCUAUCACAGUGGCGUUUUGACGCCAAUGAAGAUGCGAUCAGAGUCUCAGAGUACUCUGCGGCUGUACAGUGGAAGUCCAACGCGAUCUGACAAAGACACUGUCUCGAUUUCGUCUUUUUAUUAUAAAGAGCGGAAGCUCCCAAUCUCUGCCACCCGCCGCUGGUCUGUCCAAUCCCUUCACGACUGGCUGAAAUCCCGUAGAUUUAAGACGAAGAGAGAGGGGAUGGAGUACAGCAACCGUCCAAUCAAACUGGCCGGCAAAGUGAUCAUCCAAGAGAUCUCGUGUUUACUGCCCGUUCACAAAACUCUGGGAGAGAGCUAUGUUCUAAAUGUAAAUGAUAUUCAAGAGAUGUGUCAGAAGAACGCCGCUGCAGCACUAGCCGUUGGACGCAUAGAUUUGGCAAAGGUAUGGGCGUUGGCAUCUGCAGCAUCUAGUCAGGACCUGAGUCCGGAUUCAGACCCGGACAAAGACACUCCGUGGGCCAGACAUCCGUUUGGACGCCACUUGCUGGAGACUCUCCUGGACCACUACAGUCACAUGAGUGACAUUCAGACUCUGGCCAUGCUGUGCAGUGUGUUCAGAACUCAGGCUCCAGCUCCAGGCUUUCAUUCUUUCUAUGGACACCAGCAAUCACGCUCAUCUAUGUUCCCCCCGCAUCAGUCUCGAUAUUCCAGUUAUACAACCAGCUCUGUCAUUUUGGGCUCCUGCUCCAGUACGUCUGACUCCAUCUCCUCAGCCACCUGGAACCAAAGUAGAGACCCCGAGCACACGACGCCUUUGGUAGAAUCCUCCCCUGAGGACUUCCACAAUGUUCACGCGGGUUACGCUGAUCCACGGGAACGGGAGCGAGAACAGCACGACAUGAACAAGAGACUUCUAGACCCGGCCAACACACUGCAGUUUGAUGACUUCAAGAAGUGCUAUGGUGAAAUUCUGUACCGCUGGGGUCUGAGAGAGAGACGAUCUGAUGUCCUGAAGUUCACCUCUAGUCCUCCAGAACCUCACAAAGGCAUUGGUACGUUCCUCUAGUAAAAAUCAACCUCUGAUGAUUUGAGUCUGGUGUAUUCUUAGAAGUGACUGUGUAGUCAAAUCAAAUCAAAUGCUAGUUUCAAGACAGUUAACAGUAGCUUAGCAAUAUCAUUACCUCUGUGUCUCAAGAAAAGGAG